AUGAAUGAGCCCGUAUACGUUGUACCAGAUAUCUUUACUCUGAAUAAACUGUCGCUUGUCAUACAAUUUACCACCUUGUCCGAAUCGAUCCUUGACCGACUCGCCCUAUCUACAUAUCCCAUUAUCAACAGAAAUUAUGACUGGUCUACCACUCUCCCUCCUAGUAUGUCAAAGAUCCUGAAGUGUGCUGGGAAUGAGGACAUCAUCACUCUCAGAGCAGAGGACAACGCAGACACACUUGCCCUAGUCUUCGAGACACUCAACCAGGAGAAAGUGUCGGACUAUGAGAUGAAGUUGAUGGAUCUCGAUGUAGAACAGUUGGGAAUCCCAGAGCAGGAGUACAGCUGUGUGGUCAAGAUGCCAUCGGGGGAGUUUGCCCGUAUCUGCCGUGACCUGUCUCAGAUUGGUGACGCCGUCAUGAUCUCUUGCGCCAAGGAUGGCGUUAAGUUCUCGGCCACGGGAGAGCUGGGCACUGGCAACGUCAAGCUGUCCCAAACCAGCAACGUGGACAAGGAGGAGGAAGCGGUGAGUAUUGAGAUGAACGAGCCAGUCCAGCUGAUUUUUGCUCUCAACUACCUCAACUUCUUCACCAAGGCCACACCCCUCUCCAAGACAGUCAUCCUCAGCAUGUCUGCAGACAUCCCCCUAGUGGUGGAGUACAAGAUAGCUGACAUGGGCCAUGUCAAGUACUACCUGGCGCCCAAGAUUGUCGAGGAGGCUUCCUAAACCUCCCUGGUCCAAAUUUCCAAUGGGGGGGUGUUCAUGUUCCUUCCUGUGGGUGGGAGGAGGAUCUUGUUGGCGGGUGGGAAAGAGAUGGCUGGCUGACUUUGUCUGCAUCAUCGCAUCGCAUCGCUAUUGUGUUUUAUUUGGAUACGUUAGUUUAUCAGCAGUUUGACUGACUUUUUAGUUGCUAAUCUUACCUGGCCAGCUGUCUGUGAGGAAGAUCAACAGAACUCCAUGCUCCCCCUGUUCCCUCUUCUGUCUGGAAAGCAAAUGCUCAUUCCAGUUUGUAGAUAUGUCUGUAUAUAUGUUCUGUGGUCAUGUUCACCACUUCAACUUUUUAUUCUUGAACCCCAAUAAAUAAAUAAUUUGAUUCUGA